AUGGCCGUCGCCAAGAUCCUAGCCGCUUCCAACCCCUUUGCGCGCCUGCAGCUCGAGCUGGAAGCUGUAGACGUGGCUAUCGUUCGAAGCCAGUACAGACGACUAGCUUUGGCAGUGCAUCCGGACAAAUGCAAGGAGCCCAAAGCCAAAGAGGCCUUCCAAGCCCUCAGCGAGGCCUUCGAGCGGCUCUCUUCCGCUGUUGGCCAGGCGCAGUGCUUGAGGGAGGCGGGUGCCAAAGCCGCCAAAGUGAGCAAAAGGGGUUCUCCGGGCCCGGAGCCGCCGGAAGCCGGUGGCGCCCCGUCGGCGGAGGAUCGGAAGGCCCGCUGGUGGGAUACGAAGACCUGGGAGGAGUUCGAAGAGCGGCUGCGGCACAGGGAGCGCGCCGAAGCAGCCCUGCGGCUCCGGUACUGCAGCGGCUUGCGGCUGCGGUUUUCCACGAAGAAGAUGCGGGAGCAUGUCCGUGCUGCCGAGCGGUCGGCGGAGCACCUGGACCGGAACAUGGGAUUGGCGGAGAGCUUUCUUUGGCCGCCGGAGUCCACGCAAACCGCGCGAGACUUGGAAGAGGAGGUCGCGAAGGCGCGGCAGACCGAGCCCUGGCCGGGGGCGGCCAACGAGCUUUUGCCCGACUACAACGAGCGUCCGGAGCUGAAUGACCCUCAGAUGGCCCUGCAGAGGCUCCUGGAGCUGCUGACGCACCUGCGCGCCGUGCACCGCUACUGCCUGUUCUGCGGAUGCACCUACGACUCAACCGAGGAUAUGGAAGAGAAUUGCCCCGGCGUCACUGAAGAGGAGCAUGAGGAAGCCAGCUCUGCUGGACUCAGAAGUUCACAGAAGAGCACAGCAGCCCAGCCAGAAGAGCCAGAGGACGAAGAAGAGGAUCCGCUAGAAGCUUACAUGGUCUCUGUGGAGGCCGAGGCAGAGCGACAGAAGAAGGGAAAGCGCAAGAGACCUCGCUGA